AUGAAGCGCAAACAAGUGGCACUUAAAAAUUCUGAUCACAUAUCUGCAGAAUUAGAUCUGUCAGCAGCGUACAUGGAAUUAGCAUACAAGGAAAACCCGGAAAAUCCUGAUAAAUUUUUCAGGGACGCUUUGGUUAAUAUGAUGGUUGGUGCGAGAGAUACAACUAGUACAGCACUUUCUUGGUUUUUCUGGCUUCUUUGGAAAAACCCAAUAACAGAAUCUAAGAUUCUACAGGAGAUCAAAACAAAUUUCAAUACAGAAGAUCUUAAAAGUUGCAAUCUUUUUAAGAAAAGGGAAGAGAUGCAUAAACUGGUUUAUCUGCAUGCAGCCUUGUGCGAGUCUUUAAGACUCUUCCCUCCAGCUCCUUUCAAUCACAAGGCUCCAAAACAAGCAGACGUUCUUCCAAGUGGCCAUCGGGUGGGCAAAAACUCAAAGAUCGUGUUGUCUUUUUAUUCGAUGGGAAGAAUGGAAGGCAUAUGGGGAAAAGAUUGCUUAGAGUUCAAGCCAGAGAGAUGGAUAACUGAAAAAGGAGGGAUUAAACAUGAACCUUCAUACAAGUUUACGGCUUUUAAUGCAGGGCCAAGAGCUUGUUUAGGAAAGGACAUGGCGUUCACUCAAAUGAAGAUUCUUGCCACGACUAUCAUACAUCGUUACAGUAUUCAGGUGGUUACAGGUCAUCCUAUAGUCCCAAAAGAUUCUGUUGUUCUGGAAAUGAAAUAUGGAUUGAGAAUCAGGCUGGAAAAAAGAAGCUGA